CACGGACCAAUAAUAUUCCUCUUUGUCACCGUUGGGUGGUCUGAAAUUCUUACGGAGUUCUGUUGGGCAGGCUCAAGCUAGCAGGGGAACUUGCUGGUCGCUUAGGUGGCAAACCGACGAAGUUGUCUUCAGAAACUUGACGGUUCUUAACAAAACCACUAUGACUUCGACGAACAUGUUUCAAGGCUUGGAUAGUGGUUCAAAACCAAGUUCCAGAGUUUUACAGCCUCCUGGAGGUGGCACCAGUAAUCUGUUUGGUGGCUACGAAGAGGACGCUGCACCAUCAAGAAGAGCUAAUAAGAUGGCCUCCAAAGUUUUUGCUCCACCAGAGGAGCCCCAGACUGUUUUCAGACGUACCAAUCCUCCAGGUGGAAAAAGCAGUGGGAUAUUUGGUGAACCGGAGCCUGUGGCUCAACCCCAGAAACCCAUACCUUCUCGUGGACAAACCAGCAAUAUAUUUGGGGCUGCAGAGGGUGCACACGGCCAAUGCCCAGCCCGAGGCCACCCAAAUAAGCCAAAGGACAAUCUUAGUGUGGGACCCGAGCCUAAACCACCAGCACCUGAGGUCAAAGUCAGUGAGCCAGUGGUGAAGGAAGAACCCGCCCCCCCCCCAGCUCCUGUGCCUGUCAAAGAAGAGCCCGCAGCUGUCCCAGAGCCCCCAAAGCCUAAUCCACCGUCACCCCCCGAUGAGACGGAUCUGAAGAAUCACGAGCCUCACCUGGGACCCAAGCCUCGCUCUCACAACAGGGUCCUCAAUCCCCCUGGAGGAAAGUCCAGUGUGGUAUUCUACUGACCGGCUGAGCACACCACUUCCUCCAGCCUGAGUCUGUACACCCCUAUCCUGCUCCCAUCCUGAUCUUCUCUCAUUCCUUCACCCUCCUUCUGAUGCUUAUGUCACCUGUACAAUACAUUGAAAGCCAGCCCAAAAAGUUUGUUGUACACAUCAGUUUUCUGGUUUAAUGGGUUUUUCCCCCUUAAUUUCUUGCACUUUUUGAUCCCUCUCUGACUCUCCCCCCGCUCCUGGUCUGAUCCUUUGUUUCCCUCCUCACUGAAAUCUGCAAUGGCACAAUCAGAAACGCGUUGAUCAACUGGCUAGCUGCUUGCUAACUUUGACGGUAACACUGUUCUGUCACCGGUUUGCGGUUAUCGUUGUCACUGCGUUUUAAGCAUGUGUAAAUGUUCGGUUGAAGGCACGGUUUUUCAGCAUUUUAAAAGUGUUUGAAUUAAAGGAGUGCUCGAUAUGUUAGACUUAGCUACGAUGUACUUUCAGCUUUAAAAUGACCUAGAAUAAAAUGAUGUGGAACAGCAGGUUUCGCUCAGAAUUCUGGCUGCUUGUUUUAACAGUGUGUGGCAUUGAUUCAGGAGGGCUGAACUGAUCAUCUCACCAACAUAGUGUGAAAUAUUUCAGGGAGUUCAACACCUUUUUUGCUGCCCAGAUUGUUAUUUAAGAAGAGCACAUUGAGUCUGUUUGAAAAACUGCUUGAUACAUAUGACUGUACAAUCAAAUGCCUUCUCAGUUAGCAGUGUUCAUCUGGUUUGCCUUCUGACUCAAUAUUUCAUAAUUGAAACUAAUCACUUGCUGUCAGAGCAAAAUCUCUGAAGUUGAGGUGCAAAAAGAAAUCUCAAGAAAUUAGACAAAGAUGAAUGCAAUUGUGUACUCAAAUGUUCCUGCUUCCUCAAAUUCCAUUUUGAUUUUAUGUGAAUGUAUUGUGCAGGUACUUUUCUGCUCUGUCCUCACUGCUUGCUUUAUCUGAGAACAUGCCUUUGUUGCUAGGGGUUGGCCUCUGAUUAUGUUUUAAAUUAAAACGGCUGAAGACAAGUGAACUCUGGACAAGCUUGCCGCUUACCUGAGUCCAGGUGGGCUCCUCAGUAAUCACCUUUUCACCCGCAUUGUGAAGCACAUUCAUGGUAUUCUGGUGCCAGCCUGUCCCCUCUGUUGAUGUGCCUGGCGGGCAAUGAGUGCAGCAGAAAACAGAAGUCCUGUUUAUUGCAAUAAAACUGUUGUUUUGCA